AUGCCUCAAUAUACCGAAGAUCAGCUUCGUCAGGCUCUCGAGGACAUCUCAAACGGCAAGAGUCAAAAGAGAGCCUCAUUGGAGUAUGGGAUACCACGAACUACGCUGUCUCCUGACCAGGAGAGUAAGCUGGCACAAUGGGUUCGCAUUCAGGCUUCGCUGGGCCUCGCACCAACGCACCAACAGGUGAAGGAAUUCGCAGAGCGAGUUCUGGCUGCUGCUGGGGAUACCAAACCAUUAGGAAAGGCUGGAUCUAUGCCUUCGUGA